UUGAGCGUCUUUUAAAGAAGGGCUAUGAAGUACUUUAUUUAACUGAAGCUGUAGAUGAAUAUUGCAUAUCAGCUCUCCCUGAAUUUGAUGGUAAAAAAUUCCAAAAUGUGGCAAAGGAAGGAUUUAGCUUAUCUGAAGGAGAUGAAAAGGCGAAAGAGAAAUUAGAUUCUUUAAAAGAAAGAUACGAACCUCUUCUAAAGUGGUUAUCUGAAGAAGCACUGAAAGAUCAAAUAGCCAAAGCAGCAAUUUCUGAAAGAUUAUCUGGUUCUCCUUGUGCUCUUGUGGCAUCCAUGUUUGGUUGGACAGGAAAUAUGGAGAGAUUGGCAGUUUCUAAUGCUCAUCAAAAGUCUGAUGAUCCUCAACGCAGUUAUUAUCUCAAUCAAAAGAAAACUCUAGAAAUAAAUCCUCGACAUCCGUUGAUCAAAGAACUGCUCAGGAGAGUAGAAGAUGAUCCCAAGGAUGCUUCUGCAAAGGAGAUUGCAGUCAUGAUGUUCCAAACA